UUUUUUUUCUUUCUGUGGUCUUCGGUUUUUUUCACCAAUUUUUUUUUUUUUUUUCGUUUUUUUCUUCUUCCAACUUUUCCUUUCGGUUUAACGUGUAAAUCCAGACUUUGUUCACGAUGGUUGGCGAGGCAAUGCUUUUCUUGUUCGGCGUUAUUGUCGCCGCACUGCUCUUAUUUAUGAUGGUCUUCUUUGUAAUCAUGUUCUCGGACUUGGAAUGCGACUAUAUCAAUCCCAUCGACCUUUGCAACAAGCUCAACCAGUUUGUUCUUCCUGAAAUGGGUGUCCAUGCAUUCUUGUUCUUCAUGUUCCUUGUCAAUGGCAGCUGGAUGGCCGUAUUACUCAACUUGCCUUUGGUUGUAUAUAAUGUACAAAAAGUCACGAGCGGACGCCACAUGUAUGACGCUACCGAGAUCUUCCGAACUUUAUCCACGCACAAGAAGGAAGCCUUUAUCAAAUUGGCAUUCUAUUUGGUCUUAUUCUUCUACUUCUUGUAUCGCAUGAUCGUUGCUCUGAUUGCAGCUGAUUCGUAAACGUGGAGGCUCGAUGUAUAAAGUUCAAUAUCCCCCAUGAUCCAAUCAAUAACGCAUACGCAAAAAAAAGAAACAUGAAUGAUAUGGAAAAAGGACGUUGAAGGGACUGUUAUCCAUUUGUAUUAUUGGCUUUAUAAAAGGGUCCUAUUUCUAUCUUUUUUUUUUUUUG